UGACUGCGUGCGGUUCUCGUUCUCCGGCGGAACUUGUUGGCAACUGGAAAUAUCAGUUAGUUAGCAAAGCCCUCUUUGCUCACGGGAAAAGUGCUCGACCCUCUUAGAAAACGUAUAAUAACCGCAACGCAGUGCUGACAGCAUGGAAACGGAGUCUCUGAAUCGCAAGAACUCCUCGCGGAAGAGUUCGAUUGUCAACGGGAAUGGGAAUGAUGCCUCCGCCAAGUUGACCAACGGAGAUGCGGACGGCGGCGAUGGAGGCGACGCGGGUGGCGGUGGAGAGGUCACCCUGAAGGCCAAGAUGAGCCUGCUCAAUGGAUGCACAGUGAUAGUGGGCUCCAUCAUCGGAUCGGGCAUCUUUGUGUCGCCCACGGGAGUGCUGAUGUACACGGGCAGCGUGAACCUGGCCCUCAUCGUUUGGGUCAUUUCCGGACUUUUCUCAAUGGUGGGCGCCUAUUGCUAUGCGGAGUUGGGAACAAUGAUCACCAAAUCGGGAGCUGAUUACGCUUACAUCAUGGAGACCUUCGGACCCUUCAUGGCCUUCAUCCGUCUCUGGAUCGAGUGCAUGAUCGUGCGACCCUGUUCCCAGGCCAUCGUGGCCCUUACCUUUAGUACUUACGUCCUGAAGCCCUUUUUCCCGGAAUGCUCUCCUCCCGAGGAUUCGGCCCGCCUGCUCGCCGUCUGUUGCAUACUUGUGCUAACCCUAAUCAACUGCUGGGACGUCAAAUGGGCGACUGCUGUGCAGGAUAUCUUUACAUAUGCGAAACUGCUGGCCCUGUUUAUCAUCAUUGCCACUGGCAUAUACCAACUAUCCCUGGGCAAUGUGCAAUACUUUACAUUUGAGAACACGGACACAAAAGUCACCUCCAUCGCCUUGUCCUUCUACUCCGGACUCUUCGCCUACAAUGGAUGGAAUUACUUGAACUUCAUCAUUGAGGAGCUGAAGGAUCCGGUGAAGAAUCUGCCCCGCGCCAUUGCCAUCAGCUGCACCCUGGUGACCGUUGUCUAUGUGAUGGCGAAUGUCUCGUUCUACACCAUCCUGUCGCCCGACGAGGUCAUGGGUUCCUCGGCCGUGGCGGUGACCUAUGCGGAGCGGGCCUUUGGCAUGCUGGCCUGGACCAUUCCAGUUUUUGUGGCCCUCUCCACCUUCGGAGCUGUGAACGGCAUUCUGCUAACCUCCUCGCGACUCUUUUAUGCCGGAGCCAAUAAUGGCCAGAUGCCGGAGAUUCUAACCAUGAUCCAGAUACAGAGAUUCACGCCCACUCCCGCUGUUUUGGCCAUGGCCCUGCUAUCCAUGUUGUACCUCACCGUCUCGGACAUUUUUGCUUUAAUAAACUAUGUGGGCUUUGCCACUUGGUUGAGUAUUGGCGUGGCUGUCUUGUGCCUGCCCUGGUUGAGGUGGGCCCAACCCAACCUGCCCCGUCCCAUCCGAGUGCCCCUGGUCUUCCCCAUUGUUUACCUGAUCGCCACAAUGUUCGUGACCGUGGUGCCCAUGUACGCCAGUCCCGUGGAGACUGGCUAUGGUAUCCUGAUGAUCCUGUCCAGCAUUCCUGUCUAUCUGGUCUUCAUCGCCUGGAAGAACAAGCCCAUUUGGUUCCAGAAGACCAUGGGCGGACUGACACAAGUUCUACAGAAACUGAUGAUGGUUGUGCGUCCCAAAGCGGCGUCAAAGUAAGCCUCACACGAUUCCUACAGAAAAUGCUCAUGGUACUCGGAAAGCAGACGAAACCAGCUCAGGUGUAAAAAGUAAGGGACGUUCUUCUUCGGGGAAAACAGCAAACAGAGAUUAGAUUUCAAGUUAGCCAAGAGCAGAGAAAAGCAUUUAAAAGCACACAUUUGAUUGCCUGGAUGCAUUAUAUAGACAACGUAAACGCUUUUGUGUAGCCAACCAAUGAUAUACAUACAAAAAGAAACACACGAAAUUUCUGCCAGCUUCUGGGCGACAAUACGAUAUAUACUAUAUAUAUUUUUAUAUACACAUGUAAGUCUUAAGUUGAAAUCGAAGCAAGGCCCAGUGUCCAGUAGGUUUACGAAGGAGGCCAAAUUAGAGUUCAGCCCUGGAUCCGAACAUAGGACUUAGAAAGACUGUGGAACAAAAAGGAAAAAUACAAGGAAUUACUAGGCGUCCAGAGCUGAACUCAAACAAGGUUCUCCGAUUUUGGCAUUUUUAAGAGAGCAGAACGAGUCUUUUACUAUCUUUGGAGUAUUCUCAAAAAUGUGAAGCGCCCAUGAAAAGCUAUUGUUUAACUCAUUUAGGAACCACAUGCUCUAGGCUUAGCUUUGAAGUAGAAAGGCUAGAAGAACGCUUGAACAUACUCAACAGAAGGAUCUACAGAGCUAAUUUAUAAAUACCUAUGAAUCACAGACAUUUUAGAGCACCUUUGAUUAUUUUUCCCCCCUUUGAUUUAAGUGAAUCUAGCUUAAGUGGCACUGCAAUUCUAUUUCAUUUACUUAAGAUACGAAAAACUACCUUUAGGUUGCUCAGUUUAGGUUUCAUUCGUGCAUCGUAGAGAGUGUUACCUGUACAAAUCCCGGUCGAAUCUACAAAAUACAAAACCAUCGCCCAAUGCACAUAUCCAACAAGAGAAAAACGAUUCAAAGUUGUUGAACGAAUAACAGGAACAUUGCCAACAUACAUAUUAAAUAUAUCGAGAAUAUCGAGAAUAACACUAUAUAUGCGAGUUGUUGUCUAAUUACGAAGUCCAAUUGAUCUAGCAUUGAUUUAAACAUUCAUUAGUUGUUGUUGCUUUGGGUGUUCGGCAUUAAGUGUUAUUCAUAUAGAAAUAUUAUUGCCUAUUUAGCAUUCAACUAUUUAACUGUUACACACAUACGACAAAAAUAUGGAGCCGCAGCUGGGGAAUCUGUUUAACUACUAUGAAACAUAUUGUUGACAAUAAUAAUGUAUUUAUAUAUAAAUGUAUAUUAUAUUAAAUGUAUACCCUAAACAA